AUGUCUGAAACUAAGGAAUAUACAUAUGCCGAGGUGGCCGAACAUACGACCAAGAAGAGUUUGUUCAUGGUUAUUCAUGAUAAUAUCUAUGAUGCUUCGGCUUUUGUUGAUGAGCAUCCUGGUGGGGAAGAAGUCCUCCUCGACGUCGGCGGACAGGACGCAACCGAAGCAUUCGAAGACGUUGGACACAGUGACGAAUCACGAGAGAUUCUCGAAGGUUUACUCGUUGGUACUUUGAAGCGCGUGGCCGGUGAUCCAACCCCAAAAGCCCAAACCGCAAACGCCUCUGUAUCCUCCUCCCAAAGCGAAUCCGGAAUGGGUUUUGGUCUUUACGCCAUCAUCCUCAUCGGUGGACUUGCGGCGUUCGGUGCCUAUAAAUAUAUGUUGACCCAAGAAGGUGCUGUCCAAGCUUAG